AUGGCUGACAACACCAAGAAGAGAAGACUCAGUAAUGAUGUCAUUGGACAACUGCAGGAUGAUCUUAAGCAAAGCCCCUUGAACGUCAAUACCUGGGACACGCUUAUUGAUAAAGUCAUCGCCAAAGACAAACAUGAACAAGUCAUCCAGGUGUUCGAAGACUGUCUGGUGUAUUUCUCCUACUUGGGAUAUUUUUGGAACAGGUAUGCUACAUAUCUGCUGGAGAGGCUGGAGUUUGACAAGACCAAAGAGAUUUUCAACAGAUGUUUGCCCAAAGUGGCAAACGUUGAGUUAUGGCGAAGUUACAUUAGAUACGUUAGACGAACCAAUAGCAUAAUAACAGGCGGUGAAGAAGCUCGGAGAUUGAUCAUAAAAUCCUUUGAGAUCAGUCUUGAGAAUAUCGGAAUGGAUUAUAAUAGUGACGUUCUCUAUGAUGAUUAUAUUGAAUUUCUUAACGAAUGGCAACCAAUAAACCCAAAUGAGCGAAACCACAGGAACGACUUGCUAAGAGGGUUGUAUAGGAGUUUAAUCAAGUCACCAGUCAAAGACUUGGAGAGAUAUUGGACAGAUUAUACCAAUUUUGAGAAUGAAGCAAAUCCAAACAAGCAAAUCAGUCGGAAACUGGUGAAUGAAAUUAGUGGUGAGUACAUGAAUACCAGAAUAAAAUUGAGUGAUCUUGUCAAUAAAAUUAAGGGAAUUCCCAAAGCCGAUCGAUAUCUCAUGAAUAACGAAUUUGAUUUCUCUAAGGUAGGAUCACUUUCGUUGGUGAUUGCGUGGUCGGAAUGGGAAAGAACCAAUCCUUUCAAUCUAGAGAAGAAUGUUGUAAAGAAAAGAGUAAACCUAUCUUUUCAAAAAUCUCUUCAACUAUAUCCAUUCAUUCCUAAAUUGUGGUACAAUUACUUCACCUACCUCAUGGACCAGCAACAAGAUCCCUCAACUGAAGCUACCAAUGGUGAAUCCAACCAAGCACAACAGGCUCAAGAAUUGAUAGUCACCGUUAAACAGGCAAUUUCUUUGAAUCCAACAAGUUUCAUCCUUAGUACGUUAUUAUCGGAUCUUUUGCAAUCCGACGGUAAAGAUGUGGAUACUAUUAAGAAAGUUUAUUUAGAUCUCAUUGAAGCAUUACAAAAAUAUUACAAUACCGAUCAAGUGGAAGACAGUAUAGUGAAUCGAUCGAUCACUGAAGCCUAUAUCCUGUUGAUGAACAUGCUUAAAUCAUCCAAGGAUGGUAGAUCGGAAAUCCGUAAAGUUUUCUCCCAAGCUAGAAAAUUUGAAAAUUUAACGUAUCAUUGUUACGUCCAAAAUGCUUAUCUAGAGUACUAUACUUUUAAUGACGUGAAAGUUGCUAAGAAAAUCUUUGACUUGGCCUUCAAAAAGUUUAACGACAACAUUAGUUUCCUCAACUACUAUCUCAACUUUGUCAUCAGCAUCAAGGAUUUCAGCCAAGCAAAGGUCGUAUACGAGACAUUUAUCAAAAGCAAUCAAGAUUCUCUAGAUAGAGAGAAGUUAUUUAAAGUCUAUCAGUCUUUCAUGCAAUUUGAAAGUCAAUUCGGGGAUCCGAUUUCCCUUCGAAACUUAGAGAAGAGACUAUCCAACCAAUUUGGUUUGGACUCCUUAUACUUAGCUAUGAUCAACCGACUCUCCCCGUUCUGUAGUCCUAGCAAUCUGUUGGAAUUAGAACCGCCUUUUAACAGUGUUAAACAGAUCGACGAAAAGCAAGGAUCACUAGAUUCUAUUCUUUCGACGCCAGUAUCCGCAUCAACAUCUAUAGAGGAUCCAACUAAUAGACCGAAGAACGGUCCCAAGAAACAAAAAAUCGACGACAAUCUGGUAAUAAAGGAUGAUAUCUACAAUCUGUUGAGGAUACUUCCCAAAAAAACGUUCUUCAAGGACGUUCCUAUACUCAACGAGAAACUUGUGGAAGUACUUACCAGCUUGAACCUUUGA